UGUCCCAAAUAGCUUUCUUUUUAGGCUACAGAUGGCGCUAAUAACUGUAGGUGUCUAAAUUAGGCGCUAGCUUUUGUAGUUGUUAAAACGCGUGCUUUAGGGAGAGUUCCACGACUAGCCUGAUUGGAGAGCUUUAGUAUCGGUCCUCCGCCCACUUUCUCUCGCAUGCUCCGACGCACCCUGGGCUCGCUCACUGCCACCACCGGAACCCUCUCUCCUCUUCAUCGCAGCGAGUCCCCGGCCGGGCGGCCAUCGCAGAUUACAGCGGCCAUCGACGUGAUGGGUGCGCGCGGAGGUUGCGCGCGGCUCUCCCUGGCCUUCGCCUUCCUAGGAUGGCAAGCGCUGGGCACAUGGGCGGGCGGCCAGCAGUACUUCCGCGUGCGUCCCCGCGACACCCAAGCAGUCGAGGGACAGACGGCCGAGCUGCAGUGCCACGUGGGCAACCUGGCCGGACCCGUCCAGUGGAGCAAGGACGGAUUCCUGCUCGGUUUCGACCCGUCCAUUCCAGGUUUCCCGCGGUACACAAUGAUCGUAGACAAUCAACGCGGCGUCUAUAACCUGCGCAUCACCAACGUCCAGAUGGAAGAUGAGGCGGAAUACCAGUGCCAAGUAGGACCAGCCUACAAGAACCAUGCCAUUUGGACUGCAGCCCGCCUCACAGUGCUCGUGCCGACAAAAGAGAUCGAGCUUCGCCACCGGGGAAAUGGCAGUGUAGUGGAAGUCAGAGAAGCCGAGAGCCUGGCCAUUGCCUGCUGGGUACGGAACACCAAGCCCGCAGCUAACAUCAGGUGGCUACGGAACUCCCUCCCACUCGCACAAGAAAAAGUGCUGACGCGAAAGAAUGCCUCCGGGGAGAAGCUAUUUUCUGUGUACAGUUCUGUCACGCUGUACCCCAAGCUGGACGACAAUCGAGCAGUCUACACCUGUGAGGCAACGCAUCCCGCCCUCGAGAGCCCGCUGCAGGCUUCAGUCACCGUCAGCGUGUUAUACCCACCGGGGGCGCCCGAGAUCGAGGGCUACCACGAGGGCGACAUCGUGCAGGUCGGGGACACGCUCACGCUGGCCUGCAUCUCGCGUGGCGGCAAUCCGCCGGCCUCGCUCGCCUGGAGCCGCGACGGCCGGCCGCUGCGGGCGCGCUACAAGGCGGCCUCGCGCGAGGCCACCAGUGCCUACACCUUCACCGUGACAGCCGCGGACAACAACGCCGUGUAUCGAUGCGAGGCCAGCAACCUGGUCACGCUGCAGCCAUCGCAGGCAUCGGUCACGCUGAGCGUGCUCUUCCCUCCCGCUCGCGUCUUCAUGGCGGCACCAAAAGAGGCGAAGGCCGGCGACCUGGUGACCGUCUCGUGUACUACGGCACCCAGCAACCCGGCGGCCGAGGUGUCUUGGAGGCUGGACGGUCGCGCCGUGCAGCCCGCUUCAGACCAGUCAACGGUGCAGAACAAGAACGGCUGGAUCACGUCGUCGAACCUCACCAUCACGUUGACAAGGCAGGACCCCGACGUCAAGUCUUUCACGUGUAUAGCAGAGAACCACAAGCUGCAGGCAACAGUCGUCCAAACGGUGACGGUCAAAGUCAUAUAUCCUCCCCGCGCGCCUGUGAUAAUCGGCUACGACGAAGGCACCCCUAUCGUGGCCAACUCGAUACAGCGCAUCAAGUGCGUCUCAAUCGGGGGAAACCCGCUGCCGUCGGUCAAGUGGUACAAGGGCACCAAGGAGUACUCAUCGCUGUCUACGGUCACAGGAAGCGGAGUGUCGAGUGUGUUGGAAAUCAUGGCUCAACCGGACGACAAUCAGGCGACGUUUCACUGCAAAGCCUCCAAUUCGGCCACUACGGAGCCCCUUACGACGUCCGUCAAGACGACGGUUCUUUUUCCUCCGAAAGUAGUGUCUAUCACGGUGGUUCCACAAGCUCCGAAAGAAGGUGACACGGUGGUGCUGACGUGCGAGUCUGGCAGCUCGAACCCGGAGAGCAGUAUCCGCUGGGAGCGCGACGGCCGCACCCUGUCUGGCCAGCACCAGAGCCGCGUAGCGGCCCAGCACGGCGGCAAGGCGACGCGCAGCCGACUGCGCCUAAACGUGACAGCCGCCGACGACGGGGCCACGUUCACCUGCCUCGCCUCCAACCAGGUGCAGCCGGCGGCCACCAGGAGCGUGGCGCUGCGCGUGCGACACAAGCCACUGUUCCUGCACCCGCCCGUGGCAAAACACGAGGUGAAGCAAGGCGACAGCGUGCUGCUGAACUUGUCCGCGAAGGCUUACCCUUCGAAGAUAAGCUACGCAUGGACCAAGGAAGGCGUUCCGCUGCCUCUGGAGUCGUGGCGGGAAACGCGUAGGGUAUUCCACCGCGCCUCGGCGCUCUUCAUCAACCACGCACAGAAGGACGACAGCGGACGCUAUGAAUUCGAAGCCAGGAACAGCGUCGGGUCCACCAAGGCCACCGUUGUCGUCAAAGUGCAUUACCCUGCCCGCAUCACCAAGAUAACGGAGCAGGUGCUGGCCGGUGCGGGCGAGAACGCUUCGUUGGCGUGCGCCGCGGACGCGGACCCGCUCACGGACGACGUGGUCCGGUGGCGGCGACCAGGGUUCGACCUUCGUCAUCGCGCCAGGCUGCUUCUGGAGCGUGGCCGUGCCUUCCUCACGGUGCUCAACGUGACCCGGGAGGACGAAGGCCUGUUCGAGUGCGUCGCCCACAAUGGCCUGGGCAGCCAAGUUGCCCGGGCCGCCAGGCUGAUCGUAAAGUUCAAGGCGGCCAUGCUGCAGGCCCGCGAGACGACGCUGGCGGCCGAAUUUGGCCGGCCGCUGUCGCUGUCGUGCACUGCCCACGGUGCGCCGGGCCCCGCGUUCCUCUGGUCUUUCGGCAAGGUGGCGCUGGACAGCAGCGGCGACGUGCGGCGCGUCGUGCGCAGCGAGCAGGAGGACGUGGUGCGCUGGAGGUCCACGCUGUCCGUCGAGAGGGUCGAGUCCGCCGACUACGGCCGCUACACGUGCACCGCGCGAAACGAGCUCGGCUCCGACUGGUCCCGAUUUACGGUGCGGCCGAGGGGCAAACCCGACCCGCCCACGGCCGCGCGUGCGCUCAACGUGAGCCACUCGAGCGUGCUGCUGGUGUGGUCGCCAGGCUUCGACGGAGGGCUCGAGCAGCAGUUCCGCGUGCGCACGCGGCGGCUCGGAGGCGGGCCAGGCUCCAUCCGCUACGAGCACACUGCCGCGGCCCAGGGCGUUUUCGAGCUGCUCGUGCAGGGACUCGAGCCCGGCGUCGAGUACGCAUUUAGCGUGCAGGCGCGCAACGCGCUCGGCGAGAGCGCCUUCAGCCAUGAGUCACCCGUUGUCACGACAAAGGCCUUCAGCUGGCCUCACAGCGGCGCCGUGAUGGACGCACUUGGUGGACGCCAGGCGACGGUGGCACAGUUCCUGCUCGUCACCGUCGCUGCCGGCGCCACGCUGCUGCUCAACGGAUUGUUGGCCGCCUGCCUCGUGCGCCGCCGUCGCAGGAGGCGGCGGCGGCUAGCCGCAUCUGAGAAGAACUCUGUCGGCCCUUCAGCGGACAUGCAGUUUUGCAAUUCGGCGAGCCAUGAGUCCACCUUCGACGGGCAAUCCAUGGCGACGAGUGAUGUUUACGUUGGUCAAGCCAUAACUGAAAUACCUCCUAGUGAAGAAAAACCUACCGGCGAUGAGACCGAACAGUGCUGCACUGGUGCCAUCUAUGUGCCAUCGGCAGCAGCUGCCCCACACGAGGUCUUCAACCCCAGCGAAUCACUGCUGCCCCGAAGCUCAAGUCACGUGCUGUGCGCGCAGGACUCCAUUGUGCGUACAACGCCCAGCCAUCCGCAGGCUGCGGCGGUCAGCUGCGUUCUCGGAAAGCUGGGCAGCCACAUGGUGUGACCGCUCUGCCGCGUCAAGCAAAGCAAUGUGCGAGCUUUGCUAAAGGAACAAGACACUCGCAGAAUGGUGCAAUCAUGCCGCAUGGCGAGCAACUCUCAUUGAAUCCGCGCUAUUACUGUGACCGGGAACAAGCAGGUGGGACAUCAUAUUUUUCCCGGCGUGUCUUUGAGAGUGAUCGAACAAUCUUUAUACGUAUGUAUAUAAUUCCUCGCGUUCAUAUUUUGCCACGCAGACAAUGUGAUUCAGAGACCUGUUGUCUUGAUGCCGUAUACUCUGCGGUCCCUGUGAUCUUUCAGACACCUUGAAUGUACCUACCGGGCAUAAUCUCCGCAACCUUGGGCCAAGAAGCGAAAGUUAUGAGGCUGGUCGAACUACGGGUAAAACAUUCAUGCAUCGACGCCAACUGUUGCCGUGCUACGCCGUUGCAGCCGCUGCCUCAUCGCUCUUAGCAUGGCUAGCACACUAGUGGGGAGAAGCGUGAGGAAGGGAAUGGUUGGCUCGAUCUUCUGCAGCCCUUGAGGGAGCACGGCUCAGCGCUCCCUCAAUAUGGUGUCGGUGCCCCUUCGCCUCUCCAGGAGUUCUCGCGCUCGCACACACAUAUUUGUAUUCUGUCUAUUCUUAAGUAUAACGACACCAAUGUUCUAAAGAGGGCCAACGUGGGUAGAAAAUUCCGACUUUGGUGCAGGUAUGUCGUCAAUGAGGACACAACCUGCACAUAAUAAGCAAAUGCCGCAAAGUGCUCGGGGAGAGUUUUUUCAGUGCGCUUUGUCACUUUGUCAACCUCUCCAUUUUUCUCCUCACAUAGGCGAUCGUUUGCAAACUUAUAAGAAUCGCUGAACGAGAGAUGGGCCGACAAGCACAGCCGAAUUACCUCAUCCUCGGUCACCCGCUCACCAUUCAGCAUUUCCAACGGUGUAGAAUGACUGGUGAGUGGUAACGACGUUGAGUUGGAUUCGGUGGCAGGGAGCACAGCUGAAUGAAAUAUUUUCAUAGCGCCAUUCGCCGGCGGCGCUCUGAGAAUUGCGACUGAUCAAGAUCAUUUCAGCAAUGCUCUCAACACUCUCAAUAAUGGCGAUACGGAGAGGAGUGCUCAGCGGUAUAUACGGAAUAUACAAGCUGCGCAGCAUAUCAAGCUAUCAAAGAGGAAACUGAGAGUGUCUUCGUACGCUCAGAACAACAUGAAGGGUGUAGUUGUAAAGGAUAAAACCGCAUUCUCUCAAAACACUUAAUCAGUCCGUGCAGUAUGGUACACAUGACGUCCUUGGUCAUGCUUUUAUGUAAACUACUGGCUCAUUUAAUUCGUUCACUGCGUUUCCUCUGCAGCACAAAAAGCAGCGUGCCCCAUUUUUUUUAAAUUUCCCAACAAAUACCUCCAUGCCAUCUUUCCAGCAUACGGAAGUUGUUAGUUAUGUAGAAACCUAGUGAUUCUUGCGAGGCACGAUCAGGUUGCACAGCAUGGCAGCUGCGGUAAGCUUGCAAGGAAAAGAACGUUCAACAAUCAAGCACAGCUUUCUCCCCGUUUCUUACUUGCGUUUAAAGCAUUUUCUUCUUUUUUUUUCUUUUUGUAUAAAUGGCGUAUUCCUUGAACACAACAUCGCUAAGUACGCGACUAUUGUGCCUCGGCCGUUAUUGUGAUAGUUGAUGCUCAUGCGGAAAACACUUGCGCAUUGCAAGAAUCCAUUCUCGGGGCUCCAACUGAGUAUUCGGUUGUGCCGUUGCGCGGUAUGUUGCGGAAAUCUCUUUAAAAAAACUCCACGGUCAUCAUGCCACAAAUCUUUUCUUUUUCUCUUUAUUAAAGCAAAAAGAAGUUGGCACUAUGGUCCGGCCGAGUAAAGUAAUACAACAUGAAUGUUCUGGUACACUAUACUAUACAUCCUACUUGGUGUAAAAAAGAAAGAAAUAUCUGUAUACAGCUAAGAAGCUAUAUUGUUAACUGCACAACUUUGUACAUAAUAAAAUGUUUGGACAA